GUCGGUAAGUAAAAAGACAAGUGCCGAUUUCUACAGGAAAUACCUUCCGCUGUACAGAGCAUUUAUGAAGGGCUGCCAUUUUACCGACCUUACGCAGCCCAGAUGAAUUAUGGGAGUCAAAGUAAUCCAGCUCACCUCUAAAUCCCACCAUGGAAACAUCCUGGCCUCUCUGCAUCAGCUUCAGCAGCAGGGGCGGCUCAGUGAUGUUACCGUGCAGGUAGACUACCAGGGAGACGUGCAGGAGUUCCUGGCCCACCAGGUGAUGCUCGCGGCCUCCAGUGGCUACUUCAAGAAGAUCCUUCUCUCUCAGGAUGCUGCCCGAGACAAGUUAUUACUCUCAAAUAUACCCUCCAAAGAUUUCUCCAAGUUUCUGGAAUUUGUGUACACCGGUAGGGUGGAGGUGGCCAGAGACAAGAUCGGUGAUGUUCAAGCAGCGGCACAGUUUUUGGACUGUGAGGAUCUGUCAGAGGUUUGCGGCGAGGCCAUGAGUGCUGGAAUCCUACAAAAACCUCCAAAUAAAACGCCUGCGCCAGAAGUCGUUCACGAAGAUGGCAUACAUGGUGCCAAGAGAGAAAACAAGACCAAAGGAAAGAAGCGGCCUAAGAGCUUACUCCUUAAGCGUAAGCUGAAGAACACAGGGACAAAUGAACAAAGGAAAGGAAAAAAGCUAAAACUGAGCUUGGCUGGCCGUAAAGUCCUUCAAAGGCGUUUGAAUACGGAAAGAGAGGAUUUGAACGAUGGAAACCAGGUCGCCAAUGAAGACACGGAGGAGUUAAAGGACAAGACUGAAGCCAAGGCUCAGCCAGAGAAUCAGCCAGAGAAUCAGCCAGAGAAAGGAGACGAGUCAUCGCUGAUAAUGCCGGUCUCUGAUGUGGAGGACGGGCAUAGUCAUGAUCCUGAAGACACCUUGACGUUAUCUCUGGAGGAGGAGGAGGAGGAGGAGGAGGAGGAAGAGGAAGAAGAGGGGGAAGAGGGACAGUCGAAGGAGAAAUUAAAAAGAACAUCCAAAGCCCAGUUCCAGUGUAACAAGUGCCAGCGGACCUUCCACUAUGAGAGAAGCUACUUGAAGCACAUCAGUACGUACCAUGGAGUGAAAGCAGAUGUCAUCUAUCGCUGUGAGACCUGCCUGCAAACCUUUGCUAACCGCAGCAACCUGAAGAUCCAUGAAAAGCACGUCCACAGCACUGAGAGGCUUUUUUCCUGUGACUCCUGCACAAAGACCUUCAAACGGAAGAAGGAUGUUGUCCGCCAUCAAAGACAGGUCCACGAGCGUAACAAUCUGCGACACGUCUGCCCUGAUUGCGGAAAGGCACUCAGCUCCAAAACUGCCCUGUUGUUGCAUGAGAGGACACACACAGGUGCCAAGCCUUUUGAGUGCACCGACUGUGGGGCCAGAUUUACCCAGAACUCUGCCCUCAAGAUGCACCGCAGGACUCACACAGGAGAGAAGCCAUUUGCAUGUGACGAGUGUGAUGCCCGGUUCACUCAGAAGCACAUGUUGGCUUAUCAUAAACGAUCACACACAGGAGAGAAGCCCUUCAUGUGUGAAGCCUGUGGGAAAAGCUUUGCAUCUAAAGAAUACCUGAGACACCACUCAAACAUCCACACUGGGUCCAGGCCAUACAAGUGCGAUCAGUGUGGUCGAGGCUUCGCUCAGAGGAAUUCCCUCCACCAGCAUUUAAAAAUACACACAGGUGAGCGUCCAUACAGCUGUAAAGACUGUGACAAGCAGUUCACCCAGCUCAAUGCACUCCAGAGGCACCAGCGCAUUCACACAGGGGAAAAACCCUACAUGUGUGGUCUUUGUAGACGCACCUUUACAGACAAAUCCACCCUUCGGAGGCACACUAUGAUCCAUGACCAGUGCUCCCUGAAAACCUCCUUGUGGUUCUGGGAGGGAAUGUGGAGGACAAGAACCAAACUCCCACAAAGAAAAGACAGAAAAUGGCCAGAGGGAGAAAAAGGGUACCCACCAAGAAAAAUGGUGUUAAUGGUGGCUGGUGCUGGUUACUGGUACUGGUACUGGCACCAGUGCUGCUGGCAGUCCUGGUAAAACCCACACUGACUCCAUUGUGGUGCCAGGUGAGCCAGUCACCCUCCCAUCUGAAUGGACCACUCAUGGGGCCAUUGCUCUGGUCAGCCACGGCGCCCUCGGCGGGAUCACUGUUAUCCACACUGAGGUGCCACCUGGUACCCAGCUCCAGCCCCUUGUGACCACUGACGCCACAGGGGCCAGUGUCAUUUCCUUAGACGGAUCAUCCAUCCCUGUCCCGUUCUCUAUACCAGUAUCCAUGUCUCUGUCCGUACCCACUCUCUCAGUUCCCGUUUCUGAUGUCUCUGAGAUCCCAACAGUCUCUACGUCAUCUGUCCUAGAAACUGCUGCUUCACAGACCAUUUUGGCUCCAGUUUCAGAGACUAAAGCUGCUUCUGAGACAGAUAUUGUGCAGCCUGAUAUUCAGACUGUGAUUGUUGGUGAUAUGGUUUGUAAAAACGAACAACAAGCUGCUGGACAGCAAAGGACAGCAGAUAACCCACCAGCUGAACACACAGAGCCCCCAGCUCAAGAUGCUGAGUAGCAAAUGCAUGCGAUAAAUCAGUUUAUCUGGGUUUAGGAAUAGAAUUUAAAAUCCCAUUUCAAUGUUAUUUUAUUCUGGCAUUAGCGGUGUGUGACUGUGUUCUCACCAUGUGGUGUUUCAUUAUUAUUAUGAUCCAGUGUUUCAUUAACAGACCUGGAUGUGAUGUUCAGUGUUUGUCGCACUCUUUUGAAAUGUCAAGGUAUUUGUUAAAAAUCUAAUCAACCUGCCUGUGCUUUAGUUACGUUUUAGAAAUACAGCUAGAGCACAAUUAAGACAUUGGGUAUAAUUAAUUAAUUAAAUAAUAGUGUACAUAUCUAAUAAUAUAUAUAGGGUUAACUGCGGCACAUAUCUUAUUGAAUACAAAUAUAAUGAAGGUGAUUGUUAAUUCAUGACAUAUAAUCAUCAAAAACAUCACAUGGGGUUUUUUACAUUUUACCACUCAAAUUAGACAUCUGUUCCCCAUACAUCAUUGCUGGAGUUACAACUUUUAUACUGUGUAGGAUGGUGUGGGAACCUUGGCAGCUGCAGAACAGCACCCCAGUGAAU